AUGGAGCUUGGCAUGGAGGCAGUGGAGGAUGACAUCUGCAUUCUGAAGCACGAGACGGCGUACGGUGGAGCAGGAGAGAGCCCCGUGUCCGUGUGUGCCGGGGACGAGUCUGUAGCCUCCCACUUUGCCCUGGUCACAGCGUACGAGGACAUCAAGAAGAGGCUGAGAGACACGGAGAGAGAGAACACACUGCUGAGGAAGAGAGUCAAACAGCUGGAAGAUAAGCUGUUCAGGCCUGAAGCUCCUUCCCCUGAAGGACCCCAGUACGUCAACAAGGCCUUCAGUGCCUACCGUGGCAUCUACAUGGAGAAGGAGGACCUGCAACUGGAGCUAAAUAAACUGAAGAGGGAGAAGAGUGAGUCUGAGAGGCUCCUGAAUGAGCAGCUGCAGGCCAAAGAGAUGGAGCUGCUGCAGUUGAAGACUGAGAUGGAGACCAGCCAAGUGAUGAAGUCUCUAACCAGUAGUCAGGACUACUGGCAGGUGGACAGGAUCAACAGUGAACUGAAGGUCCAUACUCUGCAGGAGGAGUUGAAGAGGAUGACUCUGGAGAAGAACCGACUGCAGGAACCCUGUGGGGAUUCUUCUGGAACUGACGGUGACCAGAAUCACGUGGAGUCUAACCCCAGCGAUAAGGCAGUUCUACAGUCCUAUGAGGCCCUGGCCACUGAGAUCUCCUCUCUACAUUCAGUGUUGAAACAACAGUCUGACCUGGUGAAGAGGCUCGGAGACAAACCACAGCUAGUAGCUAACAGACGAGCUGCACCAACGGUCCCUGUCCAGUGUCUGGACGACGUGGAGAAGAACCUGAACCAUCGGACAGUCCGCAUGUCCGUGCCCCGUGCCCCUAGUGCCCCCCCUGUCCCCUCCAGCUCUGGCCGGCCCUGCCUGCCCCCCGUGGGCCCCCCGGCUCUGGAGGGUCUCAGGGAGGACUACUGGCCAAACGGUCCCUGGUCCAGCCACUACCCUGGAGCCUUGGGUCUGGACAGUACCAGCCCUGUCCUCCUGCCUCCUCCUCCUCUCAACCAGGCCUCUCUAGAUGACUCCUCCUGGUCCUUCCCCUCGCCGCCCAAACCCAGCGACGCCCUCUUCUGGGAGGGCCAGAGGCAGGGUCUGAGCCAGGGCAGCUCCUCCAGGGGUAAUACCCCCAUGAGCCCUAAUGGAGACUGGGCCAAGCCCCCACCCUACUGAGGUGGAGGACUCCCUGGCUCUAAGCCUGCCCUGCCCGUGCAACACCCAACCUGCCUUAAGAUGAGGAGACAACUCCUAUGGACUCUCCAGCCCUGGCGAACUAGCUCCAGGGCAAUUCAACGAGCCACAGAACAAACCACAGGAGAAGAUUCUGAUGGGCUAUCCUCUGACCCGGCCCAGACACACUGAUGACUCCCCUCUCUGGGAAUCAGGUGGCAGAGAAAGGAAGUUUCAUCCAGCCGAGAGAGAAAGAUGAUGGGAGAAGUCUGGACAGACAGAUUAUGACUGUGUUUGUGUGUAUCUAUACUGGUAUUUACUAGAGCUCAAAGCUGUAGUAAACUAAUCCACAGUCUUGACUGCUUUUCAAUUUUAGCCACUUCCCCCCCCGCUAAUGUGACUUCUUUAACAUAUUCCCCGUUGUCAUGUAUUAUAAAGGUAUAUAGUCCAUCCUUACGUUAUCUGUCCUUCAUAAUAUAGAGGUUGUAGUGAACCUGCGCUGUAACAGAUACUGGUAUAUAUAUACCCCCCAGUAGCACCUAAAUCUGUUUUUAAUCACACAACACAAGUCAGGUAGCCUAGUGGUUAGAGUGUAGGGGCGGCAGGUAGCCUAGUGGUUAGAGUGUAGGGGCGGCAGGUAGCCUAGUGGUUAGAGGGGGGAAGCAGGUAGCCUAGUGGUUAGAGGGGGCGGCAGGUAGCCUAGUGGUUAGAGUGUAGGGACGGAAGGUAGUCUAGUGGUUAGAGUGUAGGGACGAUAGGUAGCCUAGUGGUUAGAGUGUAGGGACGGCAGGUAGCCUAGUGGUUAGAGUGUAGGGGCGGCAGGUAGCCUAGUGGUUAGAGGGGGCGGCAGGUAGCCUAGUGGUUAGAGGGGGCGGCAGGUAGCCUAGGGGUUAGAGGGGGCGGCAGGUAGCCUAGGGGUUAGAGGGGGCAGCAGGUAGCCUAGGGGUUAGAGUGUAGGGGCAGCAGGUAGCGUAGUGGUUAGAGCGUUGGGACUGCAGGUAGUCUAGUGGUUAGAGCGUUGGGACUGCAGGUAGCCUAGUGGUUAGAGGGGGCGGCAGGUAGCCUAGGGGUUAGAGGGGGCGGCAGGUAGCCUAGGGGUUAGAGGGGGCGGCAGGUAGCCUAGGGGUUAGAGGGGGCGGCAGGUAGCCUAGGGGUUAGAGGGGGCGGCAGGUAGCCUAGUGGUUCGAGUGUAGGGGCGGCAGGUAGCCUAGUGGUUAGAGUGUAGGGGCGGCAGGUAGCCUAGUGGUUAGAGGGGGCGGCAGGUAGCCUAGUGGUUAGAGUGUAGGGACGGCAGGUAGCCUAGUGGUUAGAGGGGGGCGGCAGGUAGCCUAGUGGUUAGAGUGUAGGGACGGCAGGUAGCCUAGGUGGUUAGAGUGUAGGGACGGCAGGUAGCCUAGUGGUUAGAGUGUAGGGACGGCAGGUAGCCUAGUGGUUAGAAUGGAGGGACGGCAGGUAGCCUAGUGGUUAGAGUGUAGGGACGGCAGGUAGCCUAGGUGGUUAGAGUGUAGGGACGGCAAGUAGCCUAGUGGUUAGAGUGUAGGGCCUGUAACCAGAAGGUUGCUGGAUCGAAUCCCUGGGUUGACAAGGUUAAAAAUCUGUUUUUAAUCACACAACACAAGGCAUAAACCUCCACACAGCUUGCCUUGUCCUAAACCCCUUAACAAGGCUAAUCUAUCAGUUGUUUCAGAUACUGAUGGAUCAUUUGUAUUGUAUUUGUUUACAACUUACAUUACACUACCAACAGUAUGUGGACACCUGCUCCUCCAACGUCUCAUUCCAAAAUCACUGGCAUUAAUAUGGAGUUGGUCCCACCACUUUAAUGAUAUAACAGCCUCCACUCUUCUGGGAAGGCUUUCCUACUAGAGGUUGUAACAUUGCUGAGGGGACUUUCUUCCAUUCAGUCACAAGAGCAUUAGUGAAGUCGGGCACUGAUGUCGGGCGAUUAGGCCCGGCUCGCAGUCUGCGCUCCAAUUCAUCCCAAAGGUGUUCGAUGGGGUUAAGGUCAGGGCUCUGUGCAGAUCAGUCAAGUUCUUCCACACCGAUCUCGACAAACCAUUUCUUUUCUGGACCUCGCUUUGUUGCACGGGGGCAUUGUCAUGCUGAAACAGGAAAAGGCCUUCCCCAAAAUGUUGCCGCAAAGUUGGAAGCACAGAAUCAUCUAGAAUGUCAUUGUAUGCUGUAGCAUUAAGAUUUCCCUUCACUGGAACUAAGGGGCACGAACCAUGAAAAACAGCCCCAGACCAUUAUUCCUCCUCCACCAAACUUUACAGGUAACGUUCUCCUUGCAUCCGCCAAACCCAGAUUUGUCCGUCGGACUGCCAGAUGGUGAAGCGUGAUUCAUCACUUCAGAGAACACGUUUCCACUGCUCCGGAGUCCAAUGGCGGCGAGCUUUACACCACUCCAGCCGACGCUUGGCAUUGCGCAUGGUGAUCUUAGGCUUGUGUGCGGCUGCUCGGCCAUGGAAACCCAUUUCAUAAAGCUCCCGACAAACAGUUAUUGUGCUGAUGUUGCUUCCAGAGGCAGUUUGGAACUCGGUAGUGAGGGUUGCGCUACGCGGUUCAGCACUUGGCGGUCCCGUUCUGUGAACUUGUGUGGUCUACCACUUCGCGGCUGAGCCUUUGUUUCUCAUAGACAGGUUUCCACUUCACAAUAACAGCAUUUACAGUUGACCUGGGGAAGCUUUAGCAGGGCAGAAAUUACGAACUUAAUUGUUGGAAAGGUGGCAUCCUGUCACGGUGCCACGUUGAAAGUCACUGAGUUUUUCAUGAAGGCCCAUUCUACAGCCAAUGUUUGUCUAUGGAGAUUGCAUGGUUGCGUGCUCGAUUUUAUACACCUGUCAACAACGGGUGUGGCUGAAAUUGCUGAAAUCCACUAAUUUGUAGGGGUGUCCUCAAACUUUUGUGUGUAUAUAUAUAGAGUAUCAUGUCAAAUAAGCGUUGCAGAAAUCCCCUGAAAUAUAAAGGCAUUUAACCCAGUACUGCUCCUGACAAGUUCUGGUGGGCUUACAGGCCAAACCCACACUAUACCUGGUAUCAAGUUCUGGAGGGCUUACAGCCCAAACCCACACUAUACCUGGUAUCAAGUUCUGGAGGGCUUACAGGCCAAACCCACACUAUACCUGGUAUCAAGUUCUGGAGGGCUUACAGCCCAAAUCCACACUAUACCUGGUAUCAAGUUCUGGUGGGCUUACAGCCCAAACCCACACUAUACCUGGUAUCAAGUUCUGGUGGGCUUACAGCCCAAACCCACACUAUACCUGGUAUCAAGUUCUGGAGGGCUUACAGCUCAAAUCCACACUAUACCUGGUAUUAAGUUCUGGAGGGCUUACAGCCCAAAUCCACACUAUACCUGGUAUCAACUUCUGGUGGGCUUACAUCCCAAAUCCACACUAUACCUGGUAUCAAGUUCUGGUGGGCUUACAGCCCAAAUCCACACUAUACCUGGUAUCAAGUUCUGGUGGGCUUACAGCCCAAACCCACACCAUACCGGGUAUCAAGUUCUGGUGGGCUUACAGCCCAAAUCCACACCAUACCUGGUAUCAAGUUCUGGUGGGCUUACAGCCCAAACCCACACCAUACCUGGUAUCAAGUUCUGGUGGGCUUACAGCCCAAACCCACACCAUACCGGGUAUCAAGUUCUGGUGGGCUUACAGCCCAAACCCACACCAUACCGGGUAUCUUCAUGUCAAAAGGAAUCUUUAUUUCCAAAUGACUCACUUUUUUCACAAUGAUUAUUGUUCAGCUGUUCUGCUUUGAAGUCAAUGGAAGUCGGGCUUGUCUUUCACACCACAACCAUGUUAUAAUACAAUAAUAUAUACAUAUAUAUAUAUGAGAGAGGUGUUGUGUUAUGGGAAGCACAUGUAAUCAUAUGAGAGUUGGUGUGCAGUAGCUGUACAGUCUUGUUUCUUGUGAGAUGGCAAUCCACUAGCUCAGUGGGGAUACGCAAGAUUUGGUCCCCUAUUCUCUAUAUUAGUGCACUACCCGGUAGUUCACUAUGUAGGGGAUAGUGUGCCGUUUUGGGAGAUCCAUGUAGAGUCGUAAUAGUAUGUUUCUGAAGUUUUCUGCCGGGCUGAGUUGAGUCGACUCCAGUGCUUUUAAGAGGCGUCCUAAUAUAGAGGAAGCCUCUCCAUGGAUACCAAGUGAAAUAUCACCUAUAGAAGUGUCAUGUGACUUCCUGUCUUGUCUGGUAAAAGGGCCACGAUGGUAAAAGGGAUUUCACUUACCUCGAUUUUCUCUUUCAGUCCCUUACAAUUGUGAUCAAUGAUUAUUUCUUCUACAUUUUUUACAUUUAUUUUUAAACCAAUGUUAUUUUACAGCAGUUGUUUCAUACUCCACUCCUGUAAAAGAUUUGCAGACCACAAUGCAAUGUACAGUAGAUAAGGAUUAUAUUUUAGAACCUACCGCUUUAUGUAAAUAUGAUUUUAAAUUAAAUAAACGAUUGAAUGUGAA